GCUUUCAGGAGGGGGGCCCGGCAGUGCCUGAGAGCUAGCAGUGCAGCUAUGCAGCUACACAGCAGUGGCUUUGUGGUUGAAGAGGGUUGCGCUAGUAUUGCGCACAUUGUGCGGUGGAGGAAUCGACAUGCACUCACAGUUGUUGGGUUUUUACUUUUUAUUUUUGUGAUUAAUUUAUUGAUUGAUUUGAUGUCACAUUAUUACUAUUAUUAUACGAGGAUGGAGCUUCAUUGGUGACAUCGGAGUUAAUUGAUUGGGUCUCUCUGAUUGCGAGGUUGGGAGGUGUGAAAGGAAAUCGCGAGGUGGUGUUUCUCGAUGAUGCGAGUUGAGCCUGCCAGUCAAGUUUUGACUUUCUCGUCUGUGUCUCGCGGAUCUCCGGGGCAGCAGUCUUGCAGCCAACCCUAGCAGAGCCAUUCGGGAAGUGGCUAUCGCAGACUUGAGAUGGGGGUGGGGCGGAGCGGAGGGUUCCUUCCGUAGGUUUUUUUGAAGGAGGGAGUGGAAAGUCCGUUGAAUUGGUGCCGCGUGCUGCUGAGUUUGAUUCGUUUUUUUUUUUUGGAUUUAGGUGGGUUGUUUCUGUUUGCAUGGUGUGGGACGUUGCAGUAUGUGUGUCGGCGUUGAAGCUGCAACGGUCAUUGUCAACGCGGAUGGACCGUGAGGUGGGUUAUAUGGAAAGAUUCGGGGAAGUUGUGGCGAGCGGUGGGGGUCAAAGUUGAGCUGCGUCCUGGCGCAUUCGAGAUGGUUUAAUGAUCGAAUUUCUUGCGAAGAUUCGAGCGCUUGGUGCUCGGCACCGUAUGCGCGUAGAUCUGACAAUGUGUGGGCUUUUCGUGCGUGAGCUUAUGACACAGGAGUCAGUGUGAAAGAUUGGUAGUCAGAUCCAGCUUCUGCUGGGAGGCAGGGCAAGCUAGAGUUGGAACAGAGUGAUGUGAUCAAGAGGACUCGAUCAGAGUGGUAGCUGGUGUGCGAAGGACGCAUUUAACCGUUUUUGCGUAGCUCGCGCAGGGGCGAACGAUGCGGAUGAGGAAUAGUGUAGGUGGGAGGAGUAGUAGUAUAACAUGGAAGGGUGUGCUGGUGCUCUGUGUUGCGAGUUUUUGCGUCGGGUUGUUGUUUACGAAUCGGAUGUGGGCUAGUCCCGAGUUUAGCGAUGUGAUGCGAUCGGACUGUGACCCGAAGCCUAGGUCAGGCAACGGAGAUGGCUCUCAGGCGGAGAUCAUGGACGAAGUAACUCGAACUCAUCAAGUGAUUCAAACACUGGACAAGACGAUUGCGUCUUUAGAAGCGGAGCUUGCAGCUGCACGAUCAGAGAAAGCUUCAGGGGAACCAGUGAUCAAUUCACGGACUGAGAUCGAGCAUCAAUCAGCUGCAGAGCCCAUCGAGGGUCGCCAGAAAGCCUUCGUGGUGAUAGGAAUUAAUACUGCUUUCAGUAGUCGCAAAAGGAGAGACUCCGUACGGGAAACAUGGAUGCCCCAGGGUGACCAGCUCAGGAAACUGGAGAAAGAGAAGGGAAUUGUCAUGCGGUUCGUAAUUGGGCACAGUGCGACCCCAGGUGGCAUUUUGGAUCGAGCAAUUGAAGCAGAAGAUGCGCAGCAUAACGAUUUCUUACGGCUCGAUCACGUGGAGGGUUACCACGAGCUUUCGAUGAAGACCAAGAUCUACUUUUCGACGGCAGUGAAGAAAUGGGACGCGGAGUUUUAUGUCAAGGUUGACGACGAUGUGCACGUGAAUGUGGGGAUGCUUGCGACCACCCUAUCCAGACAUCGUUCGAAGCCUCGUGUGUACAUUGGAUGUAUGAAAUCUGGGCCUGUUCUUGCGCAGAAGGGUGUGAAGUACCACGAACCCGAAUACUGGAAAUUCGGAGAGGAAGGGAAUAAGUAUUUCCGGCAUGCCACUGGACAGAUUUAUGCCAUUUCGAAGGACUUGGCUACCUACAUUGAUGUCAACAGGCCACUUUUGCACAAGUAUGCCAACGAAGAUGUAUCUCUAGGUGCCUGGAUUAUUGGUUUGGAUGUUGACCACAUUGAUGACCGAAGCAUGUGCUGUGGAACUCCCCCAGAUUGUGAGUGGAAGGCUCAAGCAGGAAACGUAUGCGUUGCCUCUUUUGAUUGGACAUGUAGCGGAAUCUGCAAGUCUGUGGAAAGGAUGAACGAUGUGCAUCAAAGAUGCGGAGAAGGUGAUGAUGCCCUUUGGAGCACCACAAUUUGAAUGGGUCUCAUUUGAAUGGCAGCUCCAGGUUAACUGCAGUAGGACGGAAGUGCGUCAAUAACUCACUUAGCGGUGUAGGUUUGCAGCAUAGCCUUCGAUCCCAUGCUUCUGUCAUGGGCAAUGAAUCCAAGCACCCAUUGUGCCCAGAGUGUAGGUUAUCAUCAUGUUGACAUGUGAUGUACCGGUAACAGUCUCUUGCGGAACUCAGUUAUCUUUGAUGACUGUCACUAGGAUUACCUUCUCUUCUACCUGUGUAGCUUUUGAUUACUUUCAGGAAGCUUCGGUUUUUUGUCUGGGCCUUCAAGGUAGGCCAUUGGUUGGAAUAUGAGCUCAAUCGGGCGUUUGAACAUUCAUGUGAAACUUUCUCGGGCCUUCUCGUCCUUCUCGUCCUUCUUCACGAA